AUGUCACAUAUCCUAAUCAUCGGCGCAACGCGUGGUCUCGGAGCCUCCCUCGCAAACCUCUACGCCUCCAGCCCCUCCAACACGGUCUACGGCACGACCCGUUCCCCCUCCGGCCCCAAGGGACUAAACGAGAAGAUCGUCUGGGUACCCAAUAUUGACGUCUCGCAAGAAGGCGUAGGCGCUUCUCUUGUAAACCAGCUGGGACAGCUAGGUGUAGCGGGAGGAAUGAUCGAGGGAAAAGACGAAGUGCGCGGUUUCGACAUCGUGGUCAUCACAGCUGGAUAUUUCGCUACUGAAGACUUUACCAAUGGGCCGAAAUGGGCUGAACAGGUUAAGAUGUAUACAACAUCUUCCAUCUCCCCACCCUUCAUAAUCCACUCCCUCACACGCGCGAAAUUACUUCCCAAAGGUUCGAAGAUUGUCCUGGUUAGUUCGGAAUCCGGCAGUAUAACUUUGAGACACGACAAAGAGGGAGGAGGGAACUACGCGCAUCAUGCUAGCAAGACGGCGUUGAAUAUGGUGGGAAAGCUGUUGAGUUUGGAUUUGAAGGAGCACGGGGUCGUGGUUAGUAUUGUGCAUCCGGGGUUUAUGAGGACGGAGAUGACGAAAGGGGUUGGGUUUGAUAAGUAUUGGGAUGAUGGUGGCGCUGUUACACCUGAUGAAGCUGCAAAAAGUCUAAUAGAAUGGACGGAGAAGCUGGAUAUAAGCAAGACUGGAGAGUAUUGGGCGCCGAGGGGACCUAGGGAUAUUGGGACUGCAGAAGUGACACUUGGCAAGAACCUGUCCACACCAUUGCAAUUACCAUGGUGA